AUGGCUCCCUCGUCGUGCUUCUACAUGUCCAUACACUUUCUUUUCUUGUGCUUGUGGUCACAUUCCAUUGGUGCUCACAAUCUCUCUCGUUCUGUGAAACCUCUGUGCCUCGAGGACGAAAUGUCUGCCCUGCUGCAAUUUAAAGAGAGAUACAAAAUCGCCGAUGUUUUCGAUGAUCAUCUCACUCGUCCCAAGACCCUGUCCUGGAAAAAUAGUCAGGAUUGCUGCUCUUGGGAUGGGAUUGAGUGCGACGAGAAUACGGGCCAUGUAAUUGCUCUCAACCUAGGAAGUAGUUUUCUCUAUGGCUCUAUCAACAAUAACAGUUUGUUGGAAAUGAAAGCGUCAGGCCUAAGAAGCCUAAUUCAAAAUCUAACCAGCUUGGAAGAACUUUUUCUAGGGACCAUCAACAUGUCAUCCAAAGUGCCCAACACCCUGGCAAAUCUGUCUUCCCUGAGAAGGUUGGGCAUGUAUGGAUGCCACUUGCACGGUGUAUUUCCGUCUGCCAUUUUUCAUUUACCGAAGCUACGAUAUCUUGGGGUGGGUCACAACAAAGCUCUCACGGGCCGAUUGCCGGACUUUAACUCAAGCAGUCCUCUUGAAGAGCUGCGACUGCAUGACACAAGCUUUUCUGGAGAACUAUCCUCUUCAAUUGGAAUACUUCCUUCCUUGAGCUAUCUCAACGCAAUUGAUUGCAAAUUCUCGGGAUCCAUCCCGGCUUCAUUUGCUAAUCUUAGCAACCUCAAAUACCUAGGUGUUAGUACAAACCCACUCACUGCUCAGUCCAUUUCCUCUUUGUCUUGGGUUUGGAAGAUUAAAAAGCUCACCACUUUGGACCUCUUACAGAACAAUUUAUAUGGCGAGAUCCCACCUUCAAUCAGAAACUUGUCCCGACUUGUUGAAUUACGCCUUGAUAGAAACCAAUUAAGCGGAACCAUCCCAUCUCAGCUCAUGAACCUCACUCAACUGACCUUGCUUAAUCUUAAACAGAAUAAAUUCUAUGGCGAGAUACCUUCUUCAAUCUAUCAACUUCUAAAUCUCCAAGUCCUCAUCCUUGCCAAAAACGACUUCAGCGGAACUAUUGAACUUGACAACUUUCUCAUGCUCAAACAAUUGAAUGUGCUCCAACUAUCAUCUAACAGGCUAUCAUGUCGCACAAGUAGCGUGAAUGUUAUUCUUCCUCAGCGUCAGGUCCUAGGACUAGCAUCAUGCAAUUUGAGCAAGUUUCCGGCAUUCUUACAAAAGCAAGAGUCUAUGAAUUGGUUGGACCUAUCGGAUAACAACAUUAGUGGAGAAGUGCCCUUUUGGGUGUGGAAUGGCACUUUUAAACACAUGCAGUACCUGAAUCUCUCUCAUAACUUCUUAACUGGUCUUGAUCGAUAUCACCCGAUCAAUCCUUCAAUUAUGUACACGAUAGACCUAUCUUAUAACAUGUUGAAAGGACCACCCCCUGAAGCACCGCCGUCAAUAUUGUCCUAUAUAGUAUCCAACAAUAGGCUGACGGGAGUAUUGCCACCACGGGUCUGCAAUUUGAGUUCAGCAAUCACACUAGAUUUGUCUUCUAACAAUUUGAUUGGUGCACUUCCAGUUUGUUUGGGCAAUAUCAGCGAAUCUCUCAUCAUAUUAAACCUAAAAGGCAACAAUUUCCAUGGGAGCAUUCCCGAGGUAUUGGUGAGGGGGACACAAUUGACGAUGAUCGACUUGAGUGACAACCAAUUGCAAGGCAGGUUACUGAGGUCCCUGGCCAAUUGCAAAAUGCUCAAAUUCAUCAACUUUGCAAAUAAUUUUAUCAUGGACACCUUCCCGUCAUGGUUGGGAUCUCUACCGACUCUUCAUGUCCUUAUUUUGCGAUCCAAUAGAUUCCACGGAUUCAUAGAGAGGCCUAAAUCUAGUUCCACAUUCCUUGAGCUAUGGAUACUUGACCUCUCUAUAAAUUUAUUUCUCGGUAAGUUGCCUAUGGAAUUCUUUCAGUCUUGGAAUGUUAUGAAAUCCAAGACGGGAAACUUUACGUACAUGCAGUUAAACCUAGAGCCGAGAUGCUUCCUUGCGUUCACCUACUAUGGCUAUUGGGAUUUCUCCAUGACAGUGAUAUACAAAGGGCUUGAACGGUAUUACCCAAAGAUCUUAGAAGUCUUCACGAUCAUCGACCUCUCCAGCAAUUUGUUCAAAGGAGAUAUCCCUGGUGUCAUAGGUGAUCUCAAGGGACUACAAGGACUAAACCUAUCCAACAAUUUCUUCACUGGUCACAUCCCACCAUUGUUGGGGAAUCUCACGGCACUCGAAUCGUUGGACCUUUCUUGGAACAAACUCUCAGGACAGAUUCCCCAGAAGCUGACAGAACUCGGGUUCCUUUCUUUCCUAAACAUGUCUUACAACAAUCUGUCCGGGUCUGUGCCGAGAGGGCGACAAUUCGACUUGUUUUCAAAUGAUUCUUUUGAAGGGAACUUGGGAUUAUGUGGAGAAUUCAUACAAAGGAAAUGUCGAGAUUUAGGGGAUACGUCAAGACAACCUUCAACCCACCAAGAAGAAGACUUGGCAUCACCAAUUAAACUCAAUUGGAGAAUUGUUCUACUGGGAUAUGGGAGUGGCUUAGUGAUUGGAGUGAUUAUCGGAAAUGCAUUCAUCUCCUGGAAACAUGUUUGGUUUGAAGGAAAUGCCAGGUCAAGGCAACGGCCUAGCAAGAGGCAGCCUAGGAAGGAUAGGAACUCAUGGUCAGGCAAGUUUUUAAACUUCUGCAGGUAUUAA